CCCUUCGCAUUCAUUCGUUUGUGUCCUCCAUCGGUGAGAAAAUUUCCCAAAUUCGUAGGCUUACCUUUUUCUUUUAAAAGAAGACUCUUCAGUUUUUUCUAGAUAGGUGGAUCACUUUCUUGCUCGUUAGCUUCAGCGUGUAUCUACCCAGAGUACCAACUUGUUCAUCACAGGCGGAGUUUUGUGGGUUACUUAAGACUUGUAACUCCUAUAGUGGGGCUUUAAUCUUUCUUUAAAGGGGGUUAAUUUUCUUUGUUUAAGCAAAUUAAAAUUGAGCUACUCACGGAUCUUAAUCCUUGUAGCAGAGCUUUGUUCUAUUGAAAUGAAGUUACCAUCUUCAUUUGGAUGGAAUGGAUAUGAGGCUACAAGUUUAAAGGUGGAAAGAACCAUAAGCUAUGGUUAGAGAGAAAGAUGCAUGCUGGGAAUAUUGUGAAAGGUUAGACGGCAAUAAGGUUAGAUGCAAAUUUUGCUUAAAAAUUUUGAACGGCGGCAUUAGUAGAUUGAAGUUUCAUCUGUCCCGGCUUCCUAGCAAAGGUGUUCAUCCAUGCAGCAAGGUGAGAGAUGAGGUCACCGAUAAGGUGAAGGCUAUCAUAGCAAUGAAAGAGGAGGGAAAGGAAGCUGCCACUGCCAAAAAGCAACGACUUGGUGAAGCCAAGUCAUCAGGAAUCUUAUCCAGUUCAAAGAUGCUUGUGUCCAUGGAUGCCACAAACACUAUGGGAAAACUCUUUCCUUCUGGCAUGAUGGCCAGGCCCCAGUCCCCCGUGGAUGUCGAGCGAUGCAUAGCUGAGUUUUUUUUCGAAAAUAAGCUAGAUUUCCGUGUUGCUCAUUCAUCUUCAUAUCACCUUAUGCUUGAGGCUCUUGGUGGCCCCGGAUUUAGAGGUCCUACGGUUGAUGCUUUGAGAACCACCUGGUUGCAGAAGCUUAAAUCUGAAAUCACCUUGCAUAUAAAAGACAUUGAGAAAGAUUGGGCUGCUACUGGCUGUACAAUCAUAGCGGAUACAUGGACAGAUAACAAAUCGAGAGCAUUGAUAAAUUUCUACGUGUCAUAUCCGCUGGGAACGUUCUUCCAUAAAUCUGUUGAUGCCUCCACGUACUUUAAGAACACUCGAUGCCUCUGCGAUCUAUUCGAUUCUGUUAUUCAGGAUUUUGGCCAUGAAAAUGUUGUCCAAGUGAUUAUGGACAAUUCUUUGAAUUAUAUUGGUGUAGGAAAUCACAUAAUGCAGUCUUAUGCUUCGAUAUUUUGGUCUCCAUGUGCUUCCAACUGCUUGAAUCUCAUCUUGGAAGACUUCUCCAGAAUUGAUUGGGUGAACAGAUGCAUUCUACAGGCACAAACUGUAACAAGGUUCAUCUAUAACCACACCUGGGUUCUCGAGUUAAUGAAAAAAUUCACUGGAAAUCAGGAGCUUGUUCGCUGUGGUAUCACCAAAUCCACAUCUAAUUUUCUCACCUUACAAUCAAUGCUGAGACAGAAAACAAGAUUGAAGCACAUGUUCAGCAACCCUGAGUAUUUGACCUCAUCAUACGCAAACAGAACUAUUAGUUUGUCCUGCAUUGAUAUUCUUGAAGACAUUGAGUUCUGGAGAGCAGUAGAAGAGAUUGCAAGUGUGUCUGAACCGCUUCUGAAAGUUUUGAGAGAUGUUUCUGGUGGGAAGCCUGCAGUUGGAUCCAUAUAUGAAUCCAUGACCAGGGCCAAGGAAUCCAUUAGGACUUACUACAUAAUGGAUGAAGUUAAGUGCAAAACAUUCCUUGACAUAGUAGACAGAAGAUGGCAGAGUCAGCUCCAUUCACCACUUCAUGCUGCCGCCGCAUUUUUAAAUCCCAGCAUCCAAUACAAUCCCGAAGUUAAAUUUCUCGGGAUUAUCAAAGAAGAAUUUUUUGCCGUCCUCGAGAAGCUACUACCAACCCCUGAACUCCGACACGAUCUCACUUCACAGAUCUGUAUUUUCAGGAAAGCACAAGGGAUGUUUGGUUCAAAUCUAGCUAAAGAGGCGCGCAAUAACAGUGCACCUGGGAUGUGGUGGGAACAAUAUGGUGAUUCAUCACCUAGUUUACAAAGGGUGGCAGUCAGAAUACUUAACCAAGUGUGCAGUGCUUUAAUAUUUGAUAGAAACUGGAGCACUGUUCAACAGAUCCACUCCGAGAAGCGCAACAAACUCGACAAAGAGACGUUGAAUGAUCUUUUGUAUGUUCACUAUAAUCUGAAGCUCAAGACAAAAGCUAGGUCUUCAGAUGUUGAUCCAAUUAUGCUUGAUGACAUUGAUAUGACUUCAGAGUGGGUGGAAGAAACUGAAAACCCUGCUCCAACCCAGUGGCUCGAUCGGUUUAGCUCAGCUCUUGAUGGUGGUGAUUUGAAUACAAGACAGUUCAGCACUUCUAUUUUUGAUCCAAAUGAUCACAUUUUUAAUUUGUGACUGGUGAGCUACUAGAUUUUUUAACUUCAGAAUACGUGAUAUUCCACGUGCUUGUAAUGCCUAGUUGUAAAUAUUUAGCCUCUCAUCAGUAUAGAGAUUAGGCCUGUUUGGAUGCUGAUAAUUUGAAUGGAAAGUAAUAAAAAUGAUGUUUUUGUUUUCUUGUAGUGCUAAA